GUAAAAGGGCCCGGUGGCAGUGUAUAAAUGCCGAAAUCCCGGGAUUCUCGACUUUUUAUGUAAUUGAGCAUAACAUGGCAGGUUUACUACAUAAUGGAUGGAAUCGGCUUAAGGCUAGAUACUCCAAUAGCAUCCUCUCUCCCUCCAGUCAUAUAAAUCUCUGGUUAGCAAUCUACAUCGGUAUACUUCACCCCCUCCGUAGCUAUGACCACUACAUCACAACCUAUCGCGUUCCAGUCUCCUAAUCAUCCUGAUUUCCACUUCACAUCUGGUUCAUUCACUGGUAACAACAGUGCAAUCCCUUACUUUCUAGGCUCCCCGAUAUCAUGGCGUGCUGGCUCAUUCGGAAGCCGGUUCUAUCCUGGGUGUUCCCCUGGUCAACUUCUCGGACCCCUCGAUCCUAACGAAUUCAAGUGCGCCAAGUUGUCGUCAUCUAUUGACAGCGACCGUGGUUCAAGUAUGAACGCUCUCGGCACCUUCGACAGGGAUGAUGAAUUGUGUCGCAACUACACAUGUUGUGGUCUACAACUAGAUGAUCUACACGCUCUGUUACAGCAUUUCGAGGAGAUACAUGUUGUCGUGCUUGACCCGUUUGGUCACCCUCAGCUCCCAACUAUCCCUCCUUUACCUCAGUCUACUCCUAACACAACUCCGUCUUAUUUCUCAGACCAUCAUCACUUCUCAGACUAUCAUCAGCACCCUCCAUCUUACAAUCAAGGUGGCUUCGACCCGGAUGACAUGGAACUUGAUGUCGAUCAGGGCAGUUCGCCUUCGUCAAAUGCACCAACACCCCCUGACACUCCCCUCACCACCCCACUGUCAUCGCAUCCUAGUCACUCCUUUAACCACUUUGGUCAGUCGAAACCUGCAUCUCCGCAUCUUCCCGUCUCCGCAUUUGAUACCACAACCGUGCUCCCUUCCCGCUCCGCUCACGGCUCAGCAUUCCCACCGUCUCGAAACAGUCUCCCAAAUGUGGCAAAUGCCCCCGAUGCGUUCAAUGGUUACGCGGGCUACUCCGACUACUCAUCCUCGAUGCCUGGCACCGUUCCUUCUCCACCUGCCAGUGAUGAUCUUCACGCACCUGUCACACCUGUCAGUGAUCCGGGUAGUCCUUACGGCUGCCUUCCUCCUGCGGUAGUAUUCUCAACGAGCAAUACUCCUGUCAAUACCCCUUCAGCUUCUCGUGUUCCGUCUCCAGCAAGCGCUUCCCGCUACCCCGCGGCCUCCGCGGUAUCGCCUCGUUCGCCAGAUUCCCCUGCUUCUUCCAAAGCUUCUCCAUCACAGCAGCCCAAUCAGCGUGCCAGCACCACGCUCUCCCGCCCUGCAUCAUCAUUGAUGUUAUCGAAGCCCUUCCGCUGCCCUAAGCCUAAUUGCAACAAGAGUUACAAGCAAGCCAAUGGGCUCAAAUAUCACAUGACCCACGGCAGCUGUAACUUUGCGCCGCCUAAGGACCUCGAGCAAGUACAGGCACUAUUGGCUAGCAAGCGGUCUGCCCGCGAGGCCGCUGGGCAGGAAGAUCAGGGUAUCACUGAGGGCGAGAUGCGCGAAGUCGAACGAGAAGCAGAACGCAGGCUUCGGCCCUUUGCCUGUGGUGUCAGUGAUUGUCAACGCCGAUACAAGAACAUGAACGGUUUGCGGUAUCACUACCAGCACUCAGGUGACCACGGCGCAAUUGGCUUGGCUCUCCUGGCUAGUGGACAACAUGAAUGUUUACAGCACGCUCAUGGACGGAGUAGCAAUACAAGCUCACGGCAUUCAACGCCAGUGACGAGUGGACACUCGACGCCAGUGAGCUGCUCGACACCGUCAUAUGCUCAACAAUAUCAGCAGCAGAUGCUUUACUCCUCCGCACAACAGCAGUACUUGCGCCAGCAGCAGCAGGUCCUACAUGCACAAGUGCAGAUGGGCUAUCAUGCCGGAUCAACCGAGGUUAUCCCUAUCGUCGCCGCCCAACACUAA